AUGAACGAACCAGCCUUUAAGUCGAGUUUGAGAAUUAUGAAGUAUUCAAGUAUAAAAUUAAUUACUUUAUUUGAGUUACUGGACUUUAUUAAUGUGAUAAUAUUAUUCAUAAUAUUGACGUUUAACGAAAACGUAUUUUCUAAUAGAAAUAAUAAUUAUUGAUAUAUUUAAUUUAGAACCAAAAUAUAAAAUACAAAUAUAAUGAAUGAGCUAAUUUAUAAUAUAUUUUAAUAUAUUUUCGUUGCAGGUCGGUCUUACCCGAUUGCCGUAAAAGAAACCUACAAGAAAGGUAUAGCUACAUAUUUACACAUUGAACUAUCAUAAAAUUAUAAUAUCUUAUAUAAUAUUUUAAUUUAAUUUAAAACAUAAUAGACAUAGUGCACAGGGUAUUUUUUUAACACUUGUUAUAUUAUGUUUUGUAUAUUAAUUUUUAUUUUUUUGGAAUGAAAUUCAUUUGUGAUCAAAUAUAACCGUUUGACUUCUGUGUGAUAGCACCUUUUAAAAGUUAAAAUGGACCAAUAUUUAACGGUGGCAUCUGCAAUUGCGAGGAAUAAAAACGAGGAACAAAUUGAUGAAAAUAAAAAUGCCAACAUUAAAAUAUAUACAAAAAUUAUAGUAGUAUAUAAUUUUGGUGCCGAUAAUGAUUUUAAAAUAAGAAUCCAACAAAUAAUAUUAAUAUAAUAACAGCAUUAAAGUUUUGUUGCGAGUUUGCUUAAAUUUUUGAAACAAAAAAUGUUGAUAAAACUAUAAAAGUGUUUAGUAUUAAAAAAAUAAUUUAUUUAUAAAAUUAAAAUAAUAAAACACCUACCUACUUAAAUACUAUCUAUAAAACAUAUACAAAAACAAAUAAUAUUGUCAUUGUAGGUAGAGACGAAGACGUUGCACCAUAUAUGUUGCAAACUGAAUUGUUCAUCAAAACGUUUUACGAUGAAGGUCCGGGUACUGUAGAUGACUUUGAAAUAGGUCUUCAAAAGCUAGCAGUAAGUCAAUAUCGAAUUGCUGUCAUAUUUUUACAGUAUAUGAUAUCAAUAUUUAUAUUUUAUUCCUACGUAAUAUAUUAAUUGAUGUAAGGAAUGUGAUAAAAAAUUCGAAGAGAUAAUGUCAAAAAAAAGUGUAAUGGAAUACUUGUCACUAGUAUAUGGAAUGCCACAAAAAAUUUUCACAGAUCUUGAUAAUGCAUAUGAAGAAUUUGAUAAUAUUCGGUUAGUUUUUGAUUUAUAUUUACGACAAAAGAUUGAGAGAGAAAAUUGGUCUAAAACGUUAUGGUCAGAAUUAAACCCACAAUUGUUAUCAGAGGGCAUGGACAAUUUUUUAAAACAGUUCAAACAACUUCCAAAAGAAAGUCGGUCUUUGUCGAUUGCAUUAAUUUUAAAGGAAGAUAUGAGAAUAUUUAAAAAUGCCAUUCCAUUAUUCAUCGAGCUUAAAAAUGAUGCAAUGAAAGAAACCCACUGGGAAAAACUUAUGGAACAAACUGGUAAGUUUUCAAAAUCAAUGUAAUCCAGAACAUUAAUUUCGAUAUUUUUUUUUUCAAGGUCAAUAUUUUGAUAUAAAUCCUGAAGUAUUAACAUUAGAAAACAUUUUUAGCAUGGAUUUAGGCAAGUAUAAAGACAUAUGUAUGGAAAUAGUUGCUAACUCAGUUAAAGAAAUGAGUAUUGAACUUACUAUCAAAGACAUAGAAAAGGUAAGUAUAAUAUUAUUACCUAUUUUGGAGAUAUAUCUACUAAUUUAAAAGUACAGAUGACUUCUUAAAAACCGAUAAACUCUAUUGCUCUUUGACUUCUACGUUAGUCAGUCGUAUGUACUUUGGUCGGUUUUGAUCAUUCACUUUUGUAACCGUUUUUAUAGUCUAUUAACUACUGCCUUCCAUCAUAGUUCACCGUUAUUGCUAUCACCGCUCCUCGUACGGGUAACCACCGAUCACCGCAGCUGCCAUAAUAACGACCAAAGAAAAGUAGAAUUUAGAAAAGAAUUUAAUGUAUAUUAAUCGCAAUGAUUAAUUAUUUCUAAUGAAAAACGAUUCUGAACAAAGUUCGGUUAUACAUGUUUUGAAAGGCCGAAAUAUAAUUACGAUUUUCGUCAAAAUUUGAUAUAAAAACGCAUAAAAAAAAAUCUACAUUACACUCAAUUUUUAUUUAAUCGUUUUCACCACAAAUUAAGACUUAUAAUGAACCUCCUGUUCAAUUUUCAAGCAUUUCUGUUUGGUCUCACAACGUUAUCCACAGAUUACUUGCCGAAUAAAAAUUACAUAAAAACAUUAAAAUGUCAACAAACAGCUCAAAAAUGGCUAAAAUAUUUCCAAAAUUUGACCACAUCUAAAAAGGCAAAUAUAAGUUUUUCUGGCCUAAAUUCAAGUCUCUAAAAAUAUUUUUAACUGAAUCACAACGAAAAAUAAAAUUGAAAAUAAUACAUUUCGUACAUUUUCCCGUUUUACCUAAGUUUUUUCCCAGUUUUUUUCCACUUAUAUUGAAAACCCAUUUAGAGAAUCGAAAAAUAACACUCUUGAAGUACCACCCAGAUAAAAUUUUCUUUCAGAAAAGGCGCUACACUUGAAAAUCGAAACAAGGUUUGUAGUAGACAAGUUGUUUACAGAUAAAAAAAAAAAUUUAUCAUUAUAAAACCAAUAUAAUUCCUCGCUUCGCUAAGAAUCUAUAACUGAGUAUGUUAGGUUAACCAAAUACUACUUUUGUAUAUUUAUUUUGAUUAUUAUUUUAAAUAAUAUAAACAUUAAAUACUUACAUUUUGAAUUAUCAUAUUGUCUUAACCAAAUUAUUAUUUAUUUAAAUAGAAUUGGGAAAAUAUGUUAAUUAAUAUAGUCGAAUAUAUAAAAAAUGAUAAAAUUCGAGGUUUGAUCAUGGGAGAUUUAACUGAAAUUUUUCAACUCCUGGAAGACAAUGGAAUGACUCUUCAGAGCUUGGCUGGUUCUCCGUAAUUACACUUAUAAGUUAUAAGUUAAGUUUUUUCUCAUUUAAAAAUACUAAUACAUGUUUAAAUUUUACGUGCAUAGGUUUGUUGGUGAAUUUCUACACAUUGUUCAAAAAUGGUACAAAGAUUUAGAAUUAAUAAGUAACAUCCUUACUGUAUGGGAUUUAGUACAAUUAAAAUGGAUGUAUUUAGAAGAGAUAUUUCUCGAUAGUAAAUUUCGAUCACAACUGCCCAACGAAUCCAUGCAAUUCGAUGCUUUAAAUAACAUAUUUACAUCAGUGAUUAAAAAUAUUGCAAAAAACCCAAGAAUAAUGAAUUUAUGUAGCAAACCAGAAUUAUUAGAUGAAUUAAAUCAAUUAUUGGAAGAAUUUGAAACGUGUCAAAAAUUGCUGAACAAGUAUUUAGACACCAAACGAAACUCUUUCCCAAGGUUCUAUUUUUUAUCGGACAGUGAAUUACUAUCAGUUUUGGGUAACACACAUAAUCCUGAAGGUAUCCAAGAACACAUUGUUAAGAUGUUUGAUAAUGUUGGAAGUCUGUCGUUCAUAACUAAUUUACGUAGAAAUACUUUAAUAAACGCUAUGAUUUCAUGUGAAAAAGAAACUAUGGGAUUUAAAACUAAUGUCUUAGUCGAAGGCCCGGUUGAGUAUUGGAUGUUAAGUGUGUUAACAGAAAUGUGGAACUCUAAUAGAUAUUUAAUAAAAAAGUCUAUAUUUGAAUAUGGAAAUACCAAGAAAUCUCGAUGUGAGUGGAUGUUAGAUUUUCAAGGACAGAUGUGUUUAGCCGCUAACGGCGUUUGGUGGACAGCAGAGGUUGAAUACGUUUUUAUGGAAUUUGAAAAAGUAUAUUAUAAGAACUUAUUAAAUUUUUACUUACCUUAUAAUAAUAUUCAUAAAUAAUAGUUUUUGUUAUUAGGGAAAUAACUAUGCAAUGAAAAACUAUUUAGAACAAUCAAAUAAACAGCUGGACGAGUUGAUCAUACAAGUGAGAGGUGAACUUUCCUCAAACGACCGAAAAAAAUUCAACACCGUGUUAAUCGUUGAUGUGCAUGCCAGAGACGUCAUUGAAAACUUUGUUCGAGACGGAAUUGUAAAAAAUCAAGAAUUUGACUGGGAAAGCCAGUUAAGAUAUUACUGGAAAAAAGAUUCUGACUUUGGUAAUUUAAUAGUCGACCAAUGUUCUGGAACAUUUUCGUAUGGAUAUGACUACAUGGGAUUAAAUGGACGUUUAGUAAUAACUCCGCUAACAGAUCGCAUUUACCUAACGAUCACUCAAGCACUUUCGAUGCAAUUGGGUUGUGCCCCUGCUGGUAAUUUUCGUAUUUAACUAAAUUUAGUUCUAUAAAAAUAAAAAUAAAUGUAAUAUCAUUUUAAGGGCCCGCUGGUACUGGUAAAACCGAAACUGUUAAAGACUUGGCAAAAGCGUUAGGGAUAUUAUGUAUGGUGACGAACUGCGGAGAAGGAAUGGACUAUCAAGCUUUUGGUAUAAUAUUGGAUGGCUUAUGUCAAUGUGGCGCUUGGGGUUGUUUCGACGAGUUUAAUAGAAUUGAUGUAUCGGUGCUUUCCGUCAUUUCAACUCAAUUGGGUACCAUCAGAAAUGCGUUACUCGAAAAAACUGAAACAUUUAUGGUAGGAAAUAUACAUCAUUACAUGUUUAACAUAUUCUUAUUUAAUUUUGAUUCUCAUUUAAAAAAAAACUUAUAUAAUUUAGUUUAGGGGUAGAGAUUCCAAACUUGAUAAUAAGGUCGGGAUAUUUAUAACAAUGAAUCCAGGUUACGCCGGACGUACAGAAUUACCGGGAACCGUGAAAAUUUUUUUCCGACCUGUCAUCUGUGUACUUCCAGAUUUGGAGCUAAUUUGUUUAAUAAUGCUAUUCUCUGAAGGUUUUUUAAAUGCUAAAGUAUUGGCGAAAAAAAUGGCGGUCUUAUAUAAAUUGGCCAGAGAACAAUUAUCAAAACAGUCCCAUUAUGACUUUGGAUUAAGAGCAUUGAAAUCAGUACUCGUUAUCGCAGGAGAGUUAAAAAGAAGUGCACCGGAUAUUGAUGAAAAUGUCGUAUUAAUGAGAGCGUUAAGGUUAGUAAAAACUAAAAUAUGAUUUUUUAGUUAUGCCAACUAAAAAAUCAACUUAAUAUUUUAGAGAUAUGAACUUACCUAAAUUUGUAUAUGACGACGUACCUCUUUUUCUGGGUCUUAUUACUGAUUUAUUUCCUGGACUGCAAUGUCCACGAGUAACAUAUCCGGAAUUUAGUAAAGCAGUCGAUAAUGAAAUACAAAAGAAAUCAUAUGUACCAAUUGAAAAUCAAGUAAAAAAUCAUAUUUAAAAAUUAUAUAUAUAUUAUAAUACAAUAUCAUGAAUCAUGAUAAUAAAGGAUAUCCGGAUAAAACAAAUAAUAAUAAUUGACUACACUUGAUGUCAAAACUCAAAAUGUAUGAUAUAAGUAUCAAUAUAAAUAAAAAAGAAUAAAGUAUUUAUAAUUAUAUAGGUACUGUGGUAUCCCGUCAAUAGAUAGUGGCUAAUUAAUAGCGCGACAAUUGAUAGUGGACAAUAGAUGCACGACAAUUUAUAGUAUACGACGUUUAAAACGAUAUUUUAAAAUUCUAAAGCAAAAAGGCCAACACAUUUAUUUUUAUACAUUUAGUAGAUAAACUUCAAUUGCCGAUAAUCUACUAUUAUUUUUAUUUAUUUUGUUGUCAGUUUAUCAUACAAUUUUUAUACUAGCAAUUUCAUUUUUAAUAUUAUAUUAGUCUUAAUAAAAGUAUACUUCUAUGAGUGCAUAAACAAGACAGUAAUUAUGACUUAACGGUUCAUUAAAAGUGAAAGAGGCACCGAGUCGGUAGAUAAACAUUGACAUUUAUCCGCAUAAAUUUAAUAAGCCAGAAAAAAGUAUUUGGUGGUGUGUGCAAUAUAAAAAAAAUGUAGAGAAAAAGUUUAUGUAUCUAAUGGUGAAAAAGUAAAAUACUUGGAUCAUAAUAAUGUUCCGGAUAUUUCCAAAAUUGAAGCCAAAUUACAGGUCAAUGAAAUAAAAAAAAAGGCCAGAAAUGCCUAUUGUCCAACAUUUAUUGACACACAAUUGACCACUAUCUAUUGAUAUGGAUCAAAGUACUGUAUUAGUUAAAAUAUAGGUACUCGGAUACUUGUUUGCCCCGCCACUACACCGUAUACAAUUUAUCUCCCUGUCAUUCUUGUUUGUUAUCGCCCCGCCAUAUAGUUGUAUAAUUAGUGUGCCGUUGUUGUUCCUACAGUUAUCGUGUUAACUCGUGAUAGAUGAUCUAUUUUAAAAAAUAUUUUAGAAAAUAACUGCAUUUUAUUUCAUAAGUAGAUUAAUUAUUAUAUCAUUAGUAUGUUGCUUUUAGGCUGUGAUCGAUUGAAGUAAUUAUCUACGUGAGGUGUGUGUAUGGAAGUUAGAAAAUAAUCAAAAUAAAGAAAUUGGUGAUCCCAGUCUUUUUUUCGAAAUAGAUAAAAGUUUAUUUAUGCGUAGAAAUUAUAAUGCUGGACGUAUUUUAUCACAGCAAUAGAUUUUCAGAGGAAUAUGUCGGAAAACCAAAGCGUGUGUUUUAUAAUUAGUGUACCAGAUCGAUCAGAGAAAAACUGGUUACCUAAAAUACAAAAAUAUAUAAAACCAGGCUCAAUAAUUUUGUCAGAUUGUUGGAAAGCUUAUAAUAAUUUGCAACAAUUGGAUUUCCAACAUAAUACUGUUAACAUCACCCACAUUUUGUUGAUCCUGACACAGAGAAACAUACCCAAAACAUUGAGAAGUUGUGGAGAUCUGCUUAAUAGAGAAAUAAAAAUCGUCGUAGAACUAAUUGAAAUUUUCUGGAAUCUUAUUUGGCAAAAUUUAUGUGGAGAACACUUCUUGAGGAACAAGAUGCAUUUGAAACUAUCUUGAAAGAUACUUCAGAGUUCUGACCUCAUUUGUAGUAUUUCUUUUUACACAUACAUUGUUUAAAUUUACUCGAAAUGAAAUAACGUUUUAAAAUUAUUUAUUUAUUUAAUAAUUAAAAUUAUAUAUAUAUACUUACUUAUUUCUAGAUGGAUAAAGUUACUCAAUUGUAUGAAACUAUGAUGACAAGACAUUCGACCAUGGUUGUAGGCCCUACUGGAGGUGGGAAAACAGUUGUUAUUAAUACACUAAUUGGUGCACAGUGUUCUCUCGGAUUACCAACGUCUGUCCAAACAUUGAAUCCCAAGGUUAGUAAAUAAAUUGCAGUGCGAUAGAAGCAAUUUAUUUCAUGCAUUCCAAAAUAUAUUUAAUACAUUUUUUAGAACAAAUUAUUAAUUGGCAGGCAUGUCCUGUGAUUGAGUUAUAUGGAUUUUUCGAUCUAGUCACUAGAGAUUGGACGGACGGGCUGCUGUCAAAUAUAUUUAGAGAAGUGAACAAACCAAUACCAGAAAACCGACCAGAAAGAAAAUAUAUAUUAUUCGACGGUGACGUGGAUGCUUUAUGGAUAGAAAAUAUGAAUUCGGUUAUGGACGACAAUAAACUUUUGACAUUGGCUAAUGGCGAACGUAUUAGACUGUUACUUCAUUGUGCAUUAUUAUUUGAAGUCAAUAAUUUUAUGUCAUCAAAACUUCAGUGAUAAUUUAACACAAUAAUAAUGUUCUUCAGGUUAGCGACUUGCGGUAUGCGUCACCGGCUACGGUCUCUAGGGCAGGCAUGGUGUACGUAGAUCCUAAAAAUCUGGGAUACACUCCGUACUGGGAUAAAUUUGUAUUGAAAACUUAUACAGACCGAGACGUUUUAAAUUUAUUAUUCGACAAAUAUGUCCCGGCUAUUUUGGAUCGUAUAUUUGAGGGUACCGUUGGAUUCGAAAAAUUCACUCCGUUAAAGUUAAUUGUGUCCCAAACUAAAUUAAAUAUGGUAUGAGUUAUUGUAUUAUUAACUAUACAAUGUUAUUGUAAAUGAACGAUGUCAAUUUAAUUCUAUACAUAUUACAGGUAACCCAGCUAUGUUAUAUGUUAGAUGCGAUAUUAAAAUAUAAAGCUAAUGACCUCGUUGAAGACGAUUCGUGGGGAACUCCGGCUUCUGACAACAAAUCAUCGAAAAGAAGUGCACAAAUUACUGAUGAAAUGGAAGCAAUUUUUAUUUCGUCUUUAUAUUGUUCAUUGGGAGCAGCGAUCGAAGGCAGUUCUCGACUAGUAUUUGACGAGUUUGUAAAAAAAAUAUCGGGAUUGAUGAAAUUUGAUGACACUCCAUUAAAAAAAGCUACUGUUGGUAAGAUUCUUUUUUUAGGAUUAUAUAUUUUAGAUAUAUUUUUGGAAGAUUUCUAUUUCAAUUAAGAACCAUGUAUACAAGCAAGAAAAAAUGGUUAUUUUAAAAUAAUUAUUUCUCUUUUGUAUUAUGAUAGUUUCUUUUAAUAUGGUUCUGUGGUUCUAUCUAUGUCAUAUUAACAGACUAAAUAUUAUUUAAAUUUGUACAUUACAUAGGGUUUAUUCCAAAUACUGAGGAAUCGUGGUACGAAUAUUUUUUGGAUAUUGAACAAAAAACUUGGAUCCCGUGGAACACUCUAGUAGCUAACUAUGAACAUAAUCCAAAUACAAAAUUUAACGAAAUACUAGUGCCUACUGUUGAUUCAACACGAGUAACAUGGCUACUGGAUCUUAUGACUACCGUAAAACGUCCAGUGAUUCUCAUUGGUGAAACUGGAACGUCGAAGACAGCAACAAUGCAAAACUUUCUUAGAACACUUGAUCCCGAUAAAUUUGUUUGAAUUCAUUAAUUUCAAUUUAUUUAAACAAUUAUUUAUUUUACUUGAAAUAUUUUUAUUUUUAGAUUCAAGCAAAUUUUAAUUUUUCGUCUAGAACAACGUCUUUAGACGUGCAAACGAGCUUGGAAUCAAAUGUUUCUAAACGAAAUAAAAAUAACUAUGGACCACCUAUAGGUAAAAAACUCGUUUGCUUUAUAGACGAUAUGAACAUGCCUCAAGUGGACACAUAUGGUACUCAACAACCAAUAGCACUACUAAAACUAUUUUUAGAACUAGGAGGAAUGUAUGAUCGUUCUAAAGAAUUAAGUUGGAAGUCUUAUGUUGAUAUAUGUACGGCGUUAACUUUUUUCAAUUAAAUACACUGGUGUUAUACUAAAAACAUUAUAUAUGGUUUCUUUAGAUUUUUAUGCAGCUAUGGGAAAAUCCGGUGGUGGUAGAAACGUAGUAGAUCCAAGAUUUGUCUCGAUGUUUUCCGUUUAUUGUAUGGUAUUUCCUUCGGACUACACUAUAAAUCACAUAUUUCACUCAAUUCUUUCGGGACAUACGUAUAAUUUCAACGAUGAUGUAAAAGCAACUGUACCCGAUAUAUUGAAAAUGACAUUAAAGUUAUAUAAGGUAAGUUUGAAAAUUAAUUUCACAAAAGAAAUGUGAAUUAUAAAAAUAUAUGUAUUAUACAUGAAUAUUUCUCUUUUUCAAGAUAAUAAUAGUAGAACUUCCACCAACUCCUUCUAAGUUUCAUUACAUAUUUAAUCUUCGUGAUAUCAGUAAGAUCAUUAGUGGAAUGCUUUUCACAAACCCGUCAAUUUUUGACAGUGUUUUAAGUUUUGUAAGAGUAUGGAGAAAUGAAUUCACACGCGUUAUAUGCGACCGAUUUAAUAGCGAGCAGGUACUAUAAGUAUAACUAGUUAUUAAAUUGUAACUUAUAAACUAUGUUUUUAUCGUAAUUUAGGAUGAAAAAUUGAUAACAUCGAGACUAGAAGAAACUCUAGAUAUAUUUUUCCCAAAUGAAAAACACGAAGUUCUAGUAAAUCCUUUACUUUUCGGGGAUUUUAAAAAUGCUCUAGACGAAAAUGGUAAACAACAGUUGUAUGAAGAUUAUGAAACAUAUGAAAUCGUGCAGGGAAUAUUCGAAAACGUAACAUUAUACAUCAAGAAAUAAUAAACAUAGGCGCAAAUGGAAGGCUUUAGGAGCUGAGUCCCCCAACAAUUUAAAUAGCCCCCCAAAAACCCUCCCAAGUUAUUUUUCUACUUAUUGAAUUUUUUAAUAGUUUAUAAUAUUUGUUUAUAAUAAAAAAUAAAUUAUAAAUAAUGAAUUUACCAUUGGUAAAAAGUGAAUGAAGAAAAUAAAAAAAAAUUUUACGACAAUCAAACAUUAAACAAAUAGCAUAAUUCACAAACUGUAUUUAUCAUGAUGUUAUUUAUGAAUUAUAAUAUUAUCAUAAUACUGUAGGUACAUUAUAAUAAUAAUAUGUAGAUCAAAAUAUAUAUGUACUAAAAAUAAGUUAGUUACGUGGCCUAUUAAAAGAUUUUCAUCGCAGUCUCGCAAUAUUAAACAUUGAAAAAGAUAUUGCAGUAGAUAAUGAAGUAUAAUAGAUGAAUUUGUAAAAGUAACCGAAGAAUACAACUUAAUAUUAGCCAAUAACUUUUCUAUAUUUAAUGUCACAUUAAAAAAGUAAAUUUAAUUUGUUUUAUGUUAACAUUAUUCUGUUGUUACUUUUUGAUUAAAAAAGCCAUUCGUAUAAUUUGUUUUAUGCUGUAAAAUAUUUAUUCUAUAUUAUAGAUAUAAUUUUGAAAUAUCUAUUAAAAGUAGAUAAAAUAAUAUGUAAGAAAAAAUACGUAUUAAAUUGUAUUCUACUUAGGUUUACAUUUAUGUUACAUUAGAAAUCGAACGGAGUGAGACAAAUUUUUAGAUGUUUAGAACUUCCACAAUAUUGCUUCAUUGAGUAACUAAGGCUUCACCCCUCCUCUCCCCCAAAUUUUAAACCCUAUUUGCGCUUAUGUUCAUAAAAUAUCCUUAAAAUAAAUAAUACAAAUUGUAAAAUAGAUUUUAACGGAAUAUAACGAAGGGAAACAACAAAUCGAUAUGGUAUUAUUUAAUAUGGCGUUAGAACAUUUGACUAGAAUUCACAGAGUAUUAAAAAUGGAUACUGGACACAUAAUGCUUAUAGGUGUCGGAGGAAGUGGAAAAUCGUUAAUGACUAAACUCGCAGGUUUUACUGCAGGUACCUACAUUUGUAUUUUGAAAACUCAGAUUAAUAUAUUAAAAAAAUAAUUUGUACAUUAUUUUUUAGGAUGUGAAAUUUUUUCAAUUAUUUUAAGUAAAGGAUAUAACGAAGUUUUAUUUAAAGAAGAUCUAAAAACAUUAUUUUUGAUGAUAGGCGUAGAAAACAAAAAAAUAGUUUUUUUCUUAACUCAAUCUCAAAUUUCUGAAGAAAGUAAAAUUAACAUAGAUAAUAAUAAAAAACUUGUUUUUUACAUUUUAUACAUUAAAAAAAAAUACAAAUGUGUACACUUGCUUUAAAGGUUUUUUAGAAACUAUCAACAAUAUAUUAAUGGUUGGAAUGGUCCCAGCUUUGUUUACAGAAGAGGAAAAAGAUGGAAUAAUAAAUGAAGUUAGAAAUAAUUCUAUUAAAGAUGGUUUUGGAAAUACUAGGUGAGUAAGCUUUUAGUUUAAAAUCACAAAACAAAUCAACCAGUUUAAAAAUGCAUAGCACAUACAAACAGUGGAGUAGUUAAGGGGGGAAAGGUUUGAACGUCUUUAGCUCUUUUGAAUAGAUAAUAACUCGUAAAAUUCAUAAAAUGAAUCAUAAUUUUCUUUUAUUGUGUAAAAUAAUUAGGAAUAAUUAAAGUUUACAAAUAACAUUCGGCUAAUUAAAUUUGUAUUAUUUAAUAAUUGAAUACCUUAAUUAUUAUAAUACAACUGGUACAAGUUUGUAAAUUGCUUAGUUCAUAGUGUUCAUAUUACAAGACAUGUCUAUGCAUCAGAUUUUUUUUAACCACACCCCCCCUUCUUUGACUAAUCCCCGACUACACCACUGCAUGCAAGUUAUACAUUGUAAUAAACCUACUAAAAUCUAUAUCUAUCAAAAAUUAUUUUUACAGAGAUUCAUGUUGGUCAUAUUUUUUAAGAACGUGUAUAAACAAUCUCCAUGUAGUUCUCUCCAUGUCACCAGGAGAUGAACUUCGGACAAGAUGUCGUAAUUUUCCAGGUUUAGUCAAUAAAACAUAUAUAAACUGGCUUUUCUCUUGGCCUGAACAAGCUUUAUAUGCUGUCGCACAAUCUUUUAUAAACAAGGUAGGUAGAAAACAUAUAAACUAAAAAUAAUUAUAGCAUACUAUUUUAAAACUACUGGUUUUUUCAGGCAUCUUUAUCAAUAAAGGAAGAUCAAAAAGAAAUUACUAUAAACCAUAUUGUUUAUACGCAUCAAUCUAUGCACUACUAUACUAAUGAUUUUUUAGUAAAAUUAAAACGCAAAAAUUAUCUUACGCCUACACAUUAUUUAGACUUUAUAAAUUUAUAUAUAAAUCUAAUCAAUGAAAAAUCAAUUAAUACUAAAAAACAAGUAAUCAUGUGUUUAGCAUAGAAACUAAUAUUAUCAUAACUGUAUUGGCCACAGAUGCACGAUGCACUUGCGUCCUAUAAAAAUAUUAUAUAUUAUAAUCUUACAGAUAAUCUAAAAUUACUACUUAAUGCGUAGUCAUAUAUUACUAUUUUUUAAGACAAAUUUUUAAUUUAAAAAUAUUACUUAGCGACCAUCACCGGUACGAUGAAACUGUUUUUAUUUUUAACAUACACAAAAUAUUAUUUUAAAUGUAUCCGAAUUGGUUCCCGAGCUCAUACCCCACAUGCUGAAUUGGUUCCCGUUUAAUACCUACAUUUAUACAAAAAAAACAAUAAAUAUAGGUAUAAUGUACUACAUUUUUAAACUUUUAUUCAACUUUUAUUAUAUUAAAGCAAGUAUUUUAUAUUUAUCAAGUUAAUAAAAUAAUGUUAUAUCGGCGUAUUGCCAAAAUACCGCAAUCGAUUAAGAUAAUAUCUAUCCAUCUGGAUAUACGUAUACCAACUAUACCAAGUGAUUCAUUUAAAUGGGUACACUCAUUAUCUCGGAAAGUAUUAACUUUUUCCAGAAUUUAUUUUCUAGAACAUUUAAGAAACAAGGUGCUCCAUAAUUUUAUAUUUGUGUUAUUUUUUGUCACCCUUAUUUUUGAGGAGUAAAACAACUACCUACUUUUGAUUUUUAAAUAGCAUCGUAUAUUAAAAAAUCCAUAAAUAGAUUGAGUAUUAGUUAAAAUAAAUUUUGAUGUUAACAUUUUUGAUUUCCGUUGAUCCGUUAACGAGAUAUUCCACUUUUACGUUUGGGUUGGAGGAGAGUAGUGGAGUAUCAUUAGGAUGGAGGUACGACCCGCGCGUCGUGUUAAUAAUGCACCAAUACUCUUCUCCAACCUAAAAUUAAAAGUGGUAUAUCUCGUCAACAACUUGACUGAAAUAAAAAAUGUCAACAUUAAAAUUUUGUUUAACUAACACUCCAUCUAUUUAUGGACUUUUUAAUAUAGGUUGCCAUUUGAAAACCAAAAGUACGUAGUUGUUUUACCCACAAAAAUAAGGGUGACAAAAAUUAACAUAAAUUUUCAAUUUUGGAGCAGCUUGUUUCUUAAUGUUUUAGAAAACAAGUUCUGGAAAAAGUUAAGACUUUCCGAGAUAAUGAGUGUACCCAAUUAAAUGAAUCACCUGGUAUAGCUAUACAUUAUAUCGAAUAUAAAAUACAAAAAUGUUUCUAGUAUAAAAUCGAAGUAAUUCUAAGUUGACAGUUCUGGGCCAGGAAGAAUGGGAAGGAAAUUGUGUGUAUUUGACUAUCUUACUGCAAUGGGAACCAAUUCGACCAGUAGUGGAUACAUUACAAAUUUAAACAGGAACCUGUUGCUCACCUUCACAUAAAAUACCUUUUUACAAAUGAAAUCCAAUUCGGCCAAACGGGAAUCAAUUUGGAUACACCCAUUUUUUCUGGUGGCAUUUUGUAUGAAACAUUUUACAUUUCCAAAAUUCACCCGAUAAGUCCAUUUUUGAUUUUUGUUUACAAAUCAUAAAUUUACGAUUAGGUAGAAGGCCCUAAAUUAUUCUAAUCAUACUUUAAAAGAUGCAGAAUUUUUGUCCAGUUUAAUUAAAAAAUAUCUAGAUUCCCAACAACUUUUCUAUAAAAUUUAAAGAACUAAUAACAAAAGAUGAUACAUUAGUUUUAUUUUUAUUAAUUUUUUGGUUACCUUAGCUACGAACCGAAAAACCAUCACUAUAUUAUUACUAAUAUUACUUAUCUCGGAAUUGAUUUUUUGUUUUUACGCUACUGGUUUAGGAUUUUUUUUAAGUAUUAACAGCAACCACUCCAUAAGAGUAGCCAAUAUGGGCCUAAAUAUUAUUAUACUAGUACGUAAAAAUGUAAUAAUUUAAUAUAUUUAUAGUGUGAAAGACUGCUGGUCGGUUUAAAGAAAAUUGAAGAAGCUACAGCACAAUUAAUAGUUCUUAACGAACAUUUAGAGAUACAGAAAGUUGUUGUAGCCGAAAAAACGUUGGCGUGUGAAAUAAUUUUAGUGGAAAUUGCUGAAGGUUUAUAACAAUAUUGUUAUUUAAAUAAUUUAAAAUCGGGUUUAUACUUGCCUACAAUAUAGCAUGUGCUCAUGUUUCGUACCGUACAAUUCAUAAUACCUAUAUUGUUAUACUUUUGUUAGUCCAAUUCUAUAAAAUUUGCCUUCGACCUUGAAGGCUUGAGCGCAUACUAUUUUGUUUUUCAAUAAUUGGAUACCUACACUGUUUAGAAGCAUUUUAGUUAGGUAUUAUCAAUCAUGCAAAAUAUGUUGAUUAUUUAUGUAUACAUUUUAUUUUGAAUACAGCUUCCAAGGAAGCAAAUGUAAAAAAAGAAAUUGUCGUUGAAAAAUCUUUUGAGGCCAAUGAAGCGGGUAAAAUAAUAGCCAUCGAGAAGGAAGAAGCUCAAGAAAUAUUAAAUCAAGCAUUACCCACGUUAUUUGAAGCGAAGGAAGCGUUAAACAAUUUAAAUAAAAGCGAUAUAACAGAAAUCAGAUCAUUUGCUACGCCACCAGAACCCGUCCAAGUUGUAACAGAAUGUGUAGCAUUACUUUUGGGUUACAAAGAAAUUGAUUGGAAGGUGUGUAAACAAAUGAUGUCCGACCCACGGUUUUUAAAGACAUUAAGCAAUUUAGACGUUGAGGCUAUCACUCAAAAACAACAGUCUCAAGUUAAAGCAAAACUUAAGGUAGACUAAUCGAUAUUAAUCACAAUUAACAAUAUUCAAAAAUAAUUUUUUACUAAUCAAAUAUUUGAGCAUGUAUUUUUUAUUUUAUUAAAUAUUAGACCUCCAAAAAAAUUGCUAGUAUGGGAGACAUUAGUAAAGCUGGAUUUGGACUACUAUCUUUUGUUAAUGCUGUUUUAGAGUAUUGUCUUGUGUUUAAAGAAGUUAAACCUAAAAAGGAAAAAGUGAAAGCACUCGAACAGGAAUUUGAAAUAGUUUGUAUUAAAUUUUAUAAAAAAAAAUGUAUUUUAAUAUAAAAUACAUUUAUAUUUCAAUUGUGAUAUGAUUAUUAUUUAGGUAACUAAUCAAUUAGAAAAACUAAAUAAAGAGUUGAAUCAAAUAAUGACUACACUAAGUAAAUUAAACGAGAAAUAUGAAAACGCGAUGGCUGAACGAUUGAUUAUUCAAGAAGAAAAAGAUCUCAUGGAACGUAGAUUAAUUGCAGCUGAUAAAUUAAUUAACGGUUUAAGUUCAGAAAAUGUUAGAUGGAAAAUCGAUUUAGCCAAUUUAGAAGAAUAUAUGCAUCAAAUAUUCGGAAAUUGUUUGAUGAGUUCGUCGUUUUUAGCGUACACAGCACCAUUUUCGUACGAAUUUCGUGUUGACAUGGUAUUUAACAAUUGGUAUUUAAAAAUAAUAGAUUCUGGACUACCAAUUAGCGUUCCAUACAAAAUUGAAAUUGAACUUUCCGAUGAAGUUACAAUUUCCAAGUAAUUAUUUUACUAUUGUGAUAUUAAUCUGAUGUUAUAAGUAAACAUAUUAUAUUAGAUUCAGUUUAAAGUAAUUGUUCGUUUUAGAUGGAAUGCAGAAGGAUUACCGUCUGAUGAUUUAUCAGUUCAGAAUGGUAUUCUUACUACGAAAUCAAGUAGAUUCCCAUUAUGCAUCGAUCCACAGCAACAGGUAUGAAUAUAUAAUAUUAGUAACUAAAAAUUGUUUAAAGUGUUUAAAUUUAAAUGUUUUAAUAUAAAAAAAAACAUUAUAUAGGCAUUAAACUGGAUUAAAAAAAGGGAAGAGUCUAAUAAUUUCAAAAUACUGUCGUUCAGCGAUUCCGAUUACCUAAAACAUGUGGAAAAUGCAAUUAUUUACGGAAUGCCAGUAUUGUUUCAAGAUAUAGAAUAUAUUGAUCCAAUAAUUGAAAAUGUUCUAGAAAAAAAUAUAAAAAGUUAUUAUACAAUAUGCAUACCUAUACUAAUAUUUAAAAAUCUUUAUAUAAUUGAAAUAUAAAUUUACUUAGAUGUUUCUGGUCGAAAGUUUGUUAUUUUGGGAGAUAAAGAAGUCGAUUAUGAUCCGAAAUUUCGACUUUAUCUGACUACGAAUAUAGCAAAUCCGUCUUUUAAUCCAACCAUUUAUACAAAAGCAACGGUCAUAAAUUGUUUAAUAACACAAAACGUACUUUUAAUUUAUUAUUAUUAUUAUUAUUGUUAUUAUUAUUAUUAUAUUUUUAGAUUAAUGUAUUAUAGUCUAUAUGCAUUGAUACUAUUAUUGUAACACAUAUUUCAUUUAGGGGCUUGAAGAUCAAUUAUUGGGUAUGGUAGUUAAAAACGAAAGACCCGAUUUGGAAGAACAAAGAGAGUUUUUGGUAAUGGAAACUAGCUCGAAUAAAAAUUUAUUAAAAAAUCUGGAAAAUUCGCUCCUUCGUGAAUUAGCCAACUCUACGGGAAACAUACUAGAUAAUAGUGAACUUGUUGAAACACUGGAAGAAACCAAAUCCAAAGCAAGCGAAGUCAUGUUGAAAUUAAACUUGGCUGCCAAAACUUCUGUAGAACUCGACGUGCUUCGAAACAAAUUCCGCCCAGCGGCCACUAGAGGAGCUAUAUUAUUCUUCGUACUGGCGGAUAUGAGCACGAUUGACGCUAUGUAUCAGAAUUCACUUUCUAGUUACGAACAAGUGUUUGCGAUGUCUUUGAAAAAAGCAAUGACAGAUAUGAUAUUAAUAAAACGAUUAAAAAAUAUAGUCAAUACGUUUACAGAGAAUUUGUACAAAUAUGGAUGUACAGGUAAAAGUUCUUAAUGAAUAUAUAGAUGUGUUAAUAACUCUUUAUUUAUUCUUAGUACAAAUUAAAAUUCGUGAUAAUCUAUAAAUAGGUAUUUUUGAAAGACAUAAACUGUUAUUCUCUUUCCAAAUCACUUUAAAACUUGAAAUGAGUAUAAAUAAUGUAUCGAAAUCCGAGGUAGAUUUUUUCAUCAAAGGAAACCUUACAUUUGAUACAAAUGCGGAAUACAUUAAUCCUAUUGACUGGUUGUCACCGCAAAACUGGAAAGAUAUUGUAAAAUUGACUAAAGAUUUUCCAGAAGUAUUCUCAGACCUGGACAAACACGUCAUAGAUAAUACUACCGAUUGGCAAAAGUGGUAUGAUCUAGAAAUGCCAGAAUCUUCGGAUCCACCUUUUACGAUUCCUGAUACAUUUAACCCGUUUCAUAAACUCAUGUUAUUGCGAUGUUUUCGAGUCGACCGUACAUACCAAGCUAUCACUAAUUAUAUAGCUUUAGUGAUGGGUGACAUGUAUAUCACCACACCUAUUAUUGAUUUUGACAGCAUAUACACACAAACAAAACCCACAAUUCCAGGAUUAUUCAUUUUGAGUCCCGGAUCCGAUCCUACUGUGGAUCUAAUGAAAUUAGGUAUUCGAUGUGGAAUCUCGUCAAAUAUGUUUAAGUUUUUAUCAUUGGGACAGGGGCAAGAACAAGUAUUUCGAAACUAAAAUAUCAUUAUCAAUUUACAUAUAAUAUGAAUAUUACCCACUCUUACAGGUAGCGCUUAAGUUAUUAAAUUCAGCAAUGACUAACGGUCAUUGGAUAAUGUUUCAAAAUUGUCAUCUAUUGAUAUCUUUUCUAUAUGAUCUCGAGAAAGUAUUAGAUAGAACAAAUCAAAUUCAUCCAGAUUUUAGACUAUGGAUAGCAACCGAAGCAACCCCUUCAUUUCCCGUAGCAAUAAUACAAAGAUCUUUAAAAGGUACAUAUCUAAAUAUGAUUUAUUAUAAAAAAACAUCUCGAUUAUUGUAUAACUAUACUUACAUUUUUAGUGGUAACCGAGGCACCAAAUGGACUAAAAUUAAAUAUUAAAAACACUUAUGUUAAAUUAAAACAAGAAACUUUAGAUGAAUGUAGCCACCCAGCAUACAAAUCUUUAAUUUAUGUGCUUUCUUUUUUUCACGCAGUUGUUCAAGUAAUAAAUAUUAUAUAAUAAUACAAAUUAUUAAAAUGGUUAAUACUGGUAAAUAUAUAAAGUAAAUAAAUAUAUAAAUAAAAUAAAUAAAUGAAUGAAUGCGUCGCCAAGAGUAUUAUAAGUGUAUUAUACGACCGAUUUCGAAUUAAAAAUUGGUAUAUCACAGUCAAAAUGGCGACACAUUCAUUCAUUUAUUUAUUUUAUUUUUAUACAUACACUUUUAAUUUGUGUAUUUAUUUACUUUAAAUAUUAAUUUUUAUAUCCUAUUUAUUAUUUUUAUUAUAUGUUUAAUAAUUUAGGAAAGAAGAAAAUACGACAAAAUUGGCUGGAAUAUUUCUUAUGACUUUGGAGAAACUGAUUUUACAGUUUGUGUGCAAAUACUGACAAAUUACUUAACUAAAACUAAGGCUGAAGGAGUAGAAGCUAAAAUACCGUGGGACACGUUAAGAUAUUUGAUCGGGAAAGUCAUGUACGGUGGACGUGUAAUUGAUAGUUACGAUCAGAGAAUUGUAAAUACAUUUAUGGAAGAAUAUUUUGGAGAAUUCAUGGUCGACGAGUUUCAAAAAUUUUAUUUCUAUCACGACGAAACGGUCAGUUACAUUUUACCAGAUGACGGCGAAAAAGAAGAUUACUUAAGUAUGUAUUAUUAAAAUGUAAUAUAGAUACGUAUUUUAUUUUUGUUCAAACUUAAAGCUAUGACACACAUAACCUACUUUUAGAUAUAAUCGAAGAACUACCUUUGAACAACGGUCCCGGUGUACUUGGUUUACAUUCUAACGCAGAAGUUGGCUAUUUUACGAAAGCAGCAAAAGACAUAUGGUACAAUCUAGUUAAAUUACAACCACAAACUGGUACCUAAGUUGAUCAUUUAAAUAUAUUUAGCAAUAUACCAAAUGCAUAAUGUAUUAUCUGAACAUAUAUUUAUGUAUCUUAAGAAUCGAAUAGUUCUGGGAUAAGUCGCGACGAAUUUAUUAAUUCUAUAGCUGAAGAUAUUUUACAAAAAGUACCUAGUUUAUUCGUCAUCAGUAAUGUCAAACAGUUUUACGAAAAGAAUUUUACACCUAGUACUGUUGUGUUACUACAGGAGUUGGAAAGAUUCAAUUUGCUCAUUGAUAAAAUUAGUUUUACUUUAACGAUGCUUCAAAAAGUACAGUUUCCCUAAUGAUAAUAAAUAUUAUUCUUAUGUUAAAUUGAAAAAAAAAACUAAAAUUAAAAUUAGACUUACCUAUUAGGCUUUAUUGGGUGAAAUUGGAAUGGACGCUAUUUUAGAAGACGUGUCUUUAUCGCUGUACAAUGGUCAAAUACCGCAGGUCUGGAUGAAAUUGGCACCACAAACAUGUAAAAGUCUCGGUGGGUUUAUAGAUCAUUUUGUUGCCAGGACCAAACAAUACGAACAGUGGGUACGAUAUUAUAGUUUUACUUUUUUUUUUAAAUAUGAAAAUAAAAUUGAUACAACUAAAUGAAUAAAUGAAUAUUACAGAGCGGUAUAGAAGAACCUCAAGUCAUGUGGUUGGCUGGUCUUCAUGUACCUGAGUCAUAUUUAACGGCUAUUGUGCAGAUAGCUUGUAGGAAAAACGGAUGGUCAUUGGAUAAUUCUACUCUAUAUACGUCAGUCACACAAUAUAAAAAUGAAAAUGAUAUAAAAAUGGACAAUCAAGAAACUGUAACGGUAAUGGUAAACCACCAAGGGUCCUAAAUUUGUGACCCAUACAAUCUCAAAUAAUACUUGUGAUUUUUAUAAAUCAGCAAAUAAUUUGAUGAUGAGGACAGCCAGGGUAUGCAAGGUGGGAGAUCGGGUAGGGUGGAAGUUUAGAACAAGGGAGGCGGAUUUCAAAUAGUUGGGAUGAAAGCCAAGGAGAAGAUUUAAUUCUCUUCAGAAAGUAUUAUUGAUCCUGUGAUACAGAAUUAAUAUACUACCUAUUUUAUUAAUUUAGCCAUGGGAACAACCAAAUAUUGCAUUAUAAUACACAUUUUGAUUAUAACUACUUAAAAAUACAAAUAUAACAAUGCGUAGUAUCAAUGAAGAGGAUCAUGGUCAAUGGGGUUCCUACCUCAUGGAUUCUACUCUAUAAACACUCUGUUGACUAGCCACUGUAAAUCUACAAAAUAAUACAAAUUAUUUAUAAUAGGUCCGAGGUCGUCAAUGAUAAAAUAUAAAAAUGUAUAUAAUUAAGAAGGUACUAACAGGUACUGUCAUAAUAUCAGUGAAAAUAAAGAUCAUAAGAUAAGUACCUACCCUUUUUAUCAGAGUAAUACUUUAUACUAAUAACUGAUAUUUCAAUGUAAUAUGUUAAAUAUAAAUCGUACAUUAACAGGUGUUUGUUUGGAGUGUACAUUGAAUAGGUUUUACAAUCAGACUAUGUUAAUAUUAUUUAUUGAUAUCAACUCGGCCCUACUCUAUGAUGUUAUACUGUUUCAACUAUGUUAUUAAUUAUAAUACUAUUACAUGAUUAAUCUAUAUAUAAAACCAAUUGUCGUGAUUAUAAUGAAUAAUAUAUAACCAUGACCUAGCCUCUUUAAUCGUCUAAUAAAAUUUUAAUUAAUGCAUUCACUUUUGCAGGGCUGCUUUAUAAGUGGAAUAUAUAUUGAAGGAGCACGUUGGGACUUGGAAAACCAAUGUUUAGCUACCUCGAAAUCAAAAAUAUUAAUAGAAGACCUUCCAAUAAUCUCAAUUUUACCAAUUGAAUCCAACAAACUUAAAUUACUGGUAUUGUAUAUAUAUUUUAUUAUAUAUGUAUUGUAUUUAUAUUAAAACAAUAUAAUUAUACCUUUUUUAAAUUACAUUAUAAUUUGAUUAUGAGUCACAGCUAUAAAAUAUAUUUUCAGAAUACCAUUCGUACUCCAGUCUAUACUACAUCUCUACGAAGAAAUGCGAUGGGCAUAGGAUUAGUAUUUGAAGCGGAUUUAAAAACUAAUGUCCAUAACAGUUUUUGGAUUCUACAGGGUGUAUGUUUAAUAUUAAAUUGUGAUUGA